AUGGCUCCUCGAACGAGAUCCGAUGAACAACAAGAAGAACUGUGCCAAACUUUGGAAAAUUUCACUGCUGGUCUCUAUGAUGCGUUACAACACGCUAUCGAAAACGCAUUAACAACGUUACUUCCACACAAUCCUCUAGCCAACAACAACAACACUCAAUGGUGGGAAACAGGGUUCAAGUUAGAUAUUCCAGAAUUUGCAAGUGGUCUAAAAGCAGAAGAGUUUCUCGAUUGGCUGCAUAUGGUGGAAGAAGUUUUGGAAUUUAAGAACGUUCCUCAUGAUGUUCGUGUAUCAUUGGUGGCCACACGAUUCAAGGGUCGCGCUAUGGCUUGGUGGUCUCAAUUUAAAGAGUCUCGACGACGUUCGGGGAAAUCUAAAAUUGAGUCAUGGGAGAAAUUUAAAAAACACAUGCGUCGAAGUUUCCUUCCAUACAACUAUGAGCGAACCUUGUAUACUAAAUUUCAGAAUUUGCGUCAAGGUACCCGGACGGUGGAUGAGUACGCAACAGAUUUCUUUGAGAUGAUGGCACGAGCAACACUUUCAGAAACAGAGGAUCAGCUUGUGUCUCGUUUCAUUGGUGGUCUUCGGUCUCAACUACAUAUUCCUCUUCAGCAAUUUAACCCGCUCUUAGUUUCUAAGGUAUCGAUUGACAGUGCCAAUCCUCAAGCUUCUAACACAACAGUUUCACAACCUCCCUUUGCAAAACCAGGCGUGCCAGCAGAUUCUAUAGCACCUUCACGACAGCCUCGUACCGGUGCUCUUGGUUGUUUUAGCUGUGGCGAAUCCGGGCAUCGACAAACGGCUUGUCUGAAUCAGGGUCGUCGUAGUUUGCUUGCACAAGACACUAAUUUUUCGGACGAACCUCGUUAUGAUGAUUAUCUUUCAGACUCCAACCACGACCAAGAUGACGCUUGUAUUGCAGGCGACACUGGCCCUCCAACCCAGUUAUUAGUAAUUAGGCGUAAUUGCCUAGCACCACGGUCACUACAGGAGUCUUGGCUCCGUACAUCUCUGUUUCGUACAACUUGCACAAUUAAUGGUAAAAUUUGCAAACUUGUCAUUGAUUCCGGAAGUUGUACCAAUGCAAUUGCAGAAGAAGCUACGCGCAAACUCGGGAUUCAACCUUUUCCUCAUCCAGCUCCUUAUCAACUCGCAUGGCUUAAUAAUGGUUCUGACAUUUGGGUCUCCAAGCAAGCGUUGGUUUUUUUCUCUGUUGGUGUUUAUAAAGAUUCUUUGACUUGUGAUGUUGUCCCUAUGGACGCAUGUCACCUUCUGUUGGGAAGUCCGUGGGAAUACGAUCGUGAUGCUACACAUCGCGGUAAGAGUAAUACUUAUAGUUUUGUGUUUGAUGACAGGACAAUUACCUUACUUCCAUCUAAGGAAACCACAGACCCUAGUCUGCCCUCUCAACUGCCCGGCACGAAUAAAAUUUCUACUCCGUCUAAAGCCUUAUUGACUCUUCCCAAGGCUGCUUUUGAGAAGCAUGUAGGUGAAACUGAUUGUAUUUGGGCAUUAGUUUCAGCUCCGGUUUUCCACUCUAGUUCUGGCCCGUUACCAACCGCUUUUGAGGACUUGUUGAGUACGUUUCAAGAUGUUAUUCCAAAGGAUUUACCCACAGGUUUACCACCUUUACGGGACAUUCAACACCAUAUUGAUCUCGUCCCUAAUGCAGUCCUUCCUAAUCGCCCACACUAUCGAAUGAGUCCUCACGAGCAUGAAGAACUACGACGUCAAGUGGAAGAACUCAUUUGCAAAGGUCAUAUUAGAGAAAGUAUGAGUCCUACCGCUGUCCCGGAGUUGCUUAUUCCAAAGAAAGACAGCUCUUGGCGGAUGAUCCUCUUUGUGUGGACGGCUGAAGCUAAUGAGGCAUUUGAGACUAUCAAAGCCAAGCUAGUGUCUGCUCAAAUCUUGGCUCUCCCUGAUUUUACUGUGGUGUUUGAGUUGCAUUGUGAUGCUUGUAAACUUGGCAUUGGAGCUGUUCUUAGUCAACGGGGAAGACCGGUGGCGUUUUAUAGUGAGAAAAUUGCCGGCUCUCGCGGACGUUAUAGCACUUAUGAUGUUGAGUUAUAUGUGAUUGUUCAGUUUAACGGAUCUUAUGAACAUGAUUCUUUCUUUGGUCAAGUGUUGAGUGAUCUGAAGGCAGGUCUUCGUUCGGAGUAUGUUCUUCAUAACGGUUUUGUGUUUCUUCAUAACCGGUUGUGUGUCCCAGAUUGUAGUUUGCGCCUCCAACUCAUCACAGAAUUGCAUAGUGAAGGCCACAUCGGUCGUGAUCGUACCCUUCAGUUGGUUGCGGAGUCAUAUUUUUGGCCGUCUCUUCUUCGUGAUGUAGCUCGUCAUGUGGAACGUUGUGUGGUUUGUCAAAAGUCUAAGGGACACGCUUCUAACAGUGGGUUGUAUAUGCCUCUUCCAAUUCGAGCGCAGCCAUGGACGGACAUAAGCAUGGACUUUGUUUUGGGUUUGCCUCGAACCCAACGCGGCAAUGAUUCUAUAUUUGUUGUGGUUGAUCGCUUUUCCAAGAUGGUGCAUUUCAUUCCGUGUAGGAAGACGACCGAUGCGGUUUCAGUGGCUUUGUUGUUCUUCCGUGAGAUAUAUCGUCUUCAUGGUCUUCCGUUAUCUAUUGUCCAUGAUAACCUCCAAGUUGCUUCAGCUAAAUACAAGGCAGAUGCAGAUCGUCAUCGUCGUCAUGUUACUUUUAGUUCAGGUGAUUUGGUAUGGGCUGUUUUGACUAAGGAUCGUUUCUCCCCCGGAACAUACAACAAGCUCAAAGCACGAAAGAUUGGUCUAUUGAAGGUUUUGGAGAGGAUAAAUGCCAACGCAUGCCGUGUUCAGCUUCCUACAGAUGUGUGUUGUUCCGAUGUCUUCAAUGUGAAACAUUUGGUUCCAUUUGUGGCACACGAUGAGCACGAAGAUUCAGGGACAAAUCUUUUUCUACCCCGGGUGACCUGA